CUGGUGCAAUGCAUUUUAAUACACUCUAAUGCUAAAGCGAAGAUUGAGCUGAUAAAAAUGAAGUCUUGAUCUCCUAGUCUUUGUUAAAAAUUCCGGGAAGUUGCUGGUGGGCUUCUUGGGAGUUGUUCUCCCUAUUUCUGAUACUACACUUUCUUUCUUGUUCUGGCCGAUUGAAGGUUGUUGCUGCCGGGAAAUCUAACAUGGCAGAAGUGCUUAUAUCAGGAGUUGUCCGAAAACUUGCCGAGAUAGCAGGUAAUCUAUUAGCAAAAACUUGCUCCCGCUUGUUUGAGUUGGAAGAAAACAUUAAUUGGGUUCGAGCUGAGAUGAGCAGUAUUCGAUCUUUCUUGGAAAAAGCUGAUGCAGUAGAGUCAGAAAGCGGAGGAUUGGCUGACGAUAUCAGGAGCAUUUGGGAUCUUCUUUAUGAUUUGGAGGAUAUCAUGGAAGAGUACUUCCCUAACCUAUCACCACUUACAAGGACUGACUGGAAGGGUUGGUUUUCGUUUCCGAAUGCCAAAGCUGCCCAUGACUUUGCGGUGGAGAUUGAAGAAAUAAAACGAAGGUCGGUGGAUAUCAGUCGCAGGAGACAGACUUAUCAAGUCCCAGAUGCAAGUGGCCCUGCUGGAAGUGAGGUAUGGGAUCCAAGAAUAACUUUUCCUCACACUGACGAAGUAAAUGUUGUUGGUAUGGACGAACACAUUAAGGAAUUGGUGGCCAAAUUGACGGAUCAAGAUUCAAAGCAUCGUGUGAUCUCAAUUACAGGCAUGGCCGGUGUAGGCAAGACAACACUGGCCAGAAAGGUUUAUAAUUCUGUUCGACAAAGUUUUGAGUGUUCAGCUUGGAUUUAUGUCUCUCGACAACCAAACCCAAAUGAACUUUUACAUGAUAUAGCAAGGCAAGUUGGCUUGACGGAGGAGCGCAACAACAACUUUGUGGGUAAUUUGUUCCAUCUUUUAAGCAAAAACAGGUAUGUGAUAGUAAUUGAUGAUAUAUGGAAGAUUGAACCAUGGAACGCUUUAAAAAAAGGCAUUCCUGUUAAUUACAUGAAUGGCAGUAGAAUAAUCAUCACUUCCCGAUACAACGAGAUAGGUAGACAAAUUGGUGGGUCUUUACAUGAAUUAAAACCCUUAGACGAAGAAAAGAGUAGAGAGCUAUUCUUCAAAUUGGUUAUGGCUGCCUCGCAAGACAAUGAUAAAGAUGGUGAUCCCUCACAAUCGGAAAGCAUUAUUGGUGAGAGAAUACUACAGAAAUGUGGCGGUGUGCCGCUUGCGAUAGAAGUUAUAGCAGGCCUGUUGUCAUCAAAAGAGAGAAACAUGCAUGCAUGGGAUGGGGUAUUAGAGAAUAUAGGUGGAGAUGAAGACCAAUGCUCAAAGAUCUUUGCUUUGAGCUACAAAGAUUUACCUUCGAUGUUGAAACCAUGUUUUUUGUACUUUGGUUUAUUUCCAGAGGAUCACGAAAUUUUAACGUUCAAACUAAUCAAUUUAUGGGCAGCUGAAGGAUUCAUACAUGGCAGUGGGAAAAGGGCGGUUGAGGAUGUGGGGCAAGAUUACCUAAAUCAGUUAGUUAGUAGAAACCUAAUUCAAGUUGUCAAGAGGAAGUUCAACGGGACAGUUGGAUGUUGUCGUAUUCACGAUAUCUUGCAUGACCUUUGCAUUAAGAAUGCUAGGGAGAUGAACUUUUUUAACACUCUCAAUGAUGUAGCCACUAGUGUAGAUUGCCUUGCACCACGCAGAGUCACUGCCUAUCAAAGUGAAGUUGGCAACUAUGUAUCUCCAAAUUAUCAAACUCCAAAACUUCGGGCCUUGUUAUGUUUCGAUGAUUUGAUAAGGUUUUGGAAGGAGGAUAAGCAGGUUAACCUUCGUCUUAAAAACUUCAAAUUUCUUCGGGUGCUAAUUAUAAUGUGCUUCCCUUGGCUGGGGGCUCCUAUAAAUGAAAUUGUGAAGUUAAAACACCUGUAUCACCUUGAAUUGGGAGGGGGUAAGGUGGAGCUUCCUUACGCCAUAAGCAAUUUGGAAAAUUUGCUGACCUUGGAUCUACAUAAAUGCCUUGAACUCGUCCUCCCUGAUGUCAUCUGGAAAAUGAAGCAUCUAAGACAUAUUAUAUUACCUAUUAAAUGUUGGGCUCCUUUAGUCCGUGGGGUCAACUUGGAUUGUCAUAGGUUCCUUCCAUCUGAAGUUUCUUUACCAAACUUGCAGACCCUCUAUGGAUUGCCUGUCAAACUUUUUGAGGCCAAUUGGUUGCACAAACUUUAUAGUUUGAGAACACUGAAAGUCUCCUUUACAACUGAGGAGCAUAUCAUUGAGGUACUAUCAGGUGCAACCCCCCUGUCACAGAGGCUAGAAGAAUUGUAUUUAUUAUCGGCAAGAUAUUCAAAAUCUGCUAUAACUCAGGGAUCAUUUACCAAAUUUAGGUCAACAUUGGAUCUGUCUAAUUAUGAAAAACUUGAUAAGUUAUGCAUGCGACAGGUAGAUAUGGCGAAUUUUCCACAGCCUGAUAAACUGCCAACAUGCCUCACAGUGCUUAUCCUUGAGGACACGGGGAUGGAAACGGACCCAAUGUUGACUUUGAAGAACCUACCUAAACUUAAUAUCCUUAUACUUGGAUGGAAUUCGUUCUCUGGGGAGAAUAUGGUAUGCUCCGGAGAAGCUGACAGCUUUCCUCAACUCAAAGUAUUGAAAAUUUAUUCAAAGUGUCUGAAGGAGUUUAAAGUUGAGGAAGAAGCAAUGCCCAAACUCAAGGACGUUACCCUCUUCACUCACUACACGCUGAUAAUGAAUGUUCCAGAUAGAAUCAGAAAUAUAAUCAAGAUUAUCGAUGACAUAAGAGAUGACUUAUGGUAUCCAGAUGAGAUAAUUGAUUCUCCACAUGGUCUGUGACUUCAUCGUGGAAGGUUAAAGCAUGGGCUCUUGAUCUUCAGAUUGCUUGCUCCUCAAUCUAUUCUUGUGAUAUGAUGCCUUUGGUUGAUUGAUUCUCAUGAGAAGGAAUGGCAUCUGCUUUGUGAUUUGAUAUUUUGGUUGCUUAAUUACCUUUAUCUGUUGUCUGAAUUUGUCAGUGACUUUGAUAAAUGUUGAAUAAAUUUACAUAUACUGGUAUCUUUGAACUCACCAGUGGUCAAUCUAUUGAUUAUUCUGUAUCCAUAAUCAAAAAAUACAAAAAAUUGAUUGUAACGCCCCUUCCUCUGCCAUGUUAUUGUUUUGAAAAUUAGUGGGUGUAAAUGUAAUUUUUUUUUUUUUUAAAAAAUACUGAAUUCUCCAUGAAUUUUCGAGACUUGCUAUAACUGCUGUUAAUAAAUUUGUAGUGCCAUUCCUUCUGGGGGGAAAAAAUUUGUAGAAUGAAUUUUUGCCCAGAGCGAGAAAGAGGCAUUUCCUCCGGGUGGAAGGCAUUUCCAUUUGAGGCAAUGAGAGACGACGUUUCCUCCAGGCGGAACUCAAGCUGAGCCUCGUCGCCUGAGCCAUUUCUGGUUCGUUGAAUCAACUGCUUCCGUUCGCUAGGUUCUGGCACUUUCAAACGAAAUCAUUUCGAGAAUGGAUGAAGAACAACGCCGGAUAAUGGACUGAUGCCUUAUCAGCCAUCCGAUGAUCGUAAGUGAAACAUUAGCCAUCAGAUUGGUACAUAAAAGGAAAAAAUAAAAACACAAAAGGACUGUCGAGAGUGAGUAUUUAUAAGGGCGAUUCCCGAGAAAUUCAGAUGUCUAUAGGUGUCAGACGAGCACGGGCGGAAUCUGCAAUCUCUCUUCCGCCGUAUCUUUCUCUACCAUUGACGCCCGUACCUUUUGAUUAUUCAAUGUUUAGAAUUAUAACGUUUUCAUAUUUUUGUUUCCUUUUUGGUUCUGUUUUCAUGAAAUCGGAGAUCGAAGAUCCCGAAGGAACUGUUUAUGCGAAGAGGAUUUUCAAGAUUAAGAUUCAGACACCUGAAAGGUACCAUUUUUAGCCUCCAAUUGUGACCGUGACCUUUGCAACUCCAAUAUUUCACUCGAAUAUGACACUGGAGGCCGGAUUUGUCUCGACAUUCUCAACCUUCCUCCUAAGAGCAGGGAGUACAAAUAUGACAGACAUGCCUUUGAUCAGAGGGCAUGAUUAAUGAGAGAGAAAUAUGCCAGGGCUGGAGUAAGUGGGCAUGAUAGUACCAGUGAAUGCUUUCAAGCUCGGAUCAGAUGAAAGGAUGAUGGAAACUAAAGGGUCGGAUCCCAUGAAGACUGAACUUGAUGAACGCUCUCUAAGUCAUAGAAAGCUAUAUGGGAUCAACCGAAAGUUGUCCCUGGAGUCUUCUGGGUUAUUUUGUGAGAAGGAAUUAGAAGAAAAAGUCAGCGGAGCACCUAUUCAUCAUCUUGGGCACAAACAAAAAUAAGAUAAAAGUCCAGAAGAAGAGUCCAAACCGAGCUUGGAUGAGCACUUUCAAAAUCAUGAGAACCCAAGGUGGACAAAACGGAAAUUAUCACUUGAAUCAUUUAGUCCUCUGGAGACAAGAUAUGAUGCUGAGGAGAAUUUGGUGCCCACCCACCACACCACACAUCCUUGUUUAACUCCCCGGAUAUUGUCAUGAUGUACAGAGUGCUCUAGAGUCCCGCCAGAUAGUCACCACAAUGAGAAACAGCCUCGUCAUGAUGGUGAUAGUAAAUCAGUAAAUGAUAAUGUGAAUAGUAGUUC